GCCCACGUCAUAAUUCGAUUUGUACAAUAUAUUCGGGCGCGUGAGGAAGGCCCGAUAAGGGCAAGACAUUCAGUUUUGGUGUGUUCGUACUCUAUACUACUUGAACUGCUGUCUCCGGCAGCCCCGCACUCUGUCCACCUCUCAUCAUUCGAUAACCAUACGAAUUUUUUCCAUUUAUUACUAAUUCAUAGCUGAGGGUGGAUCAUGCACGAACUGUUUCCCCAAAUUACUCAUUAGUACUUAGAGUGGGAUAACGAUGAAUUAGCUUUUCCUAAUGCCGAAAGUAUCUUUGUCCAUAUACAAAACAUUUUAUAGACCUUUUUUAAAUAAAUUUAAAUGGGCUUACUGCUGGACAAGUCAGGAUUCAGGACUCACAAUGAAAACUGAGAAAAUAUAUGUACAUAUACCAGAUGAAGAUAUACUCACACUAUAUGCUUUAAUGCCAUGAUCGAUUGUAGUUUUGUAUAUGCAAUCAAUAGAUUUAGUGCAUUUACCUGAAAUCCCAUCAAAUUUCGAAGCCAAUUGAUCAUGAAAUAUAAAAAAGUAGACAGUUGCCAACUGAUGCCAUUAAGAAUACCCCAUCACCAGGUGGAGCAAAUGGCAUUCCAAUGGGAUCGAUCACUCAGAUUUCGCGUCUUCACGUUCUAAGGUAUUUCAUUCAUUCCAUGGCAUUGCUGGCCAGGUAUUUCACCAGCAGACCAGAAUCACCGUUAGUCUUAAGAAUUGGGCACUUCGAUUCGUUCAAUUAACAUGGUCGAUAAGCACUAUCAGACGUGAUAAGGACCGCUUAUGGCUCUUGACUGCUCGGAGCAUUAUGAAUAUACAUAUAAAUGACCGCACCUGGGCACAAAUUUUAAUAGUCUCUUUCGCUCAGCGGUACCACUAGGAUCACCAGGAGGUCUCUGAUACCUUAAACGGAUUGAUAUAUAGAUCGAUAUAGUGUGACUUUUACUUCGAUACAGAAAAAGGAUGACCGCCUCGAACGGCGUCAUCGUCAAGGAUGACGAUGACAAAUCGCGUUUGCAGUACAAAACGAACAUCGUCCUGGGAUCAGCAGCAUUCGAAGACCAGGACAAAGAUUCAAAGAGCUUUGCUCCCAAAAAGACGAAAAAAAAUAAUUCUAAGCAUGACGAGGCGGAAGAGGAGGAGCAGGACGAUGGCUCCUACAUAGAGGAGGUCAAACAGGUUGACUACUUCCAGAUGUUCCGCUAUGCCACCACCAAGGACCGCAUGCUCUAUGUCAUCGGACUUCUGUCCGCCGUAGCCACUGGUCUCACGACUCCCGCCAACAGCUUAUUCUUCGGCAACCUGGCCAACAACUUUAUCGAUUUGAGCGGGGCAGCUGAGGGUAGGACGUACCAACGUGACGGUGACGACGUGGGAGAUUUGCUCCUCGACAAGGUGCGCGAGUUCUCGCUGCAGAACACAUACAUUGGAAUUGUGAUGCUGGUGUGCUCCUAUCUCUCGAUCACCUGCUUCAAUUACGCCGCCCACUCGCAGAUUCUGACCAUCCGCUCCAUCCUGCACCAGGACAUGAGCUGGUAUGACUUCAACCAGAGCGGCGAAGUGGCCAGCCGCAUGAACGAGGAUCUGUCCAAAAUGGAGGAUGGUCUCGCCGAAAAAGUCGUCAUGUUCGUCCACUACUUUGUGUCCUUUGUGGGAUCCCUGGUGCUGGCCUUCGUCAAAGGCUGGCAGCUGUCUCUGGUGUGCCUUACGAGCCUGCCGCUGACUUUCGUCGCGGCUUGGCGGCUGGCCAACCAAGAGGUUACCCAGUACGCUGGAGCAGCAGUCGUGGCCGAGGGCGCCCUGUCCGGGAUUCGCACGGUAAAGGCGUUCGAGGGAGAGGAGAAGGAGGUGUCCGCCUACAAGGAACGCGUUGUGGCCGCCAAGCUGUUGAACAUCAAACGCAACAUGUUCUCCGGCAUCGGCUUCGGCAUGCUCUGGUUCUUCAUCUAUGCCUCGUACGCUUUGGCCUUCUGGUACGGCGUGGGGCUGGUAAUCAAGGGGUACCACGAUCCGUAUUAUGCCAGCUACGACGCCGGCACGAUGAUCACCGUAUUCUUCUCGGUGAUGAUGGGUUCGAUGAACAUUGGCAUGGCCGCGCCCUACAUCGAGGCAUUCGGCAUUGCCAAGGGCGCCUGCGCGAAGGUCUUCCACAUCAUCGAGCAGAUCCCCACCAUCAAUCCCAUCGGCCAUCAAGGUAAGAACCUCAACGAGCCCCUCACGACCAUUGAGUUUCGUGACGUCGAGUUCCAGUAUCCGACGCGCAGCGAGAUUCCCAUAUUGAACCGUCUCAACCUCAAGAUCCAUCGCGGCCAGACGGUGGCCCUGGUCGGACCCUCCGGCUGCGGCAAAUCCACCUGCAUCCAGCUGCUGCAGCGCUUCUACGACCCCGCCGGCGGCGAUCUAUUCUUCAACGGCACCAGCCUGCGGGACAUCGACAUUAACUGGCUGCGUUCCCGCAUUGGAGUCGUCGGCCAGGAGCCCGUGCUCUUCGCUACAUCGAUCUACGAGAACAUCCGCUACGGACGCGAGGACGCCACUCGGGCUGACAUCGAGGCGGCCGCCAAUGCGGCCGUGUUCAUCAAGAAGUUGCCACGCGGCUAUGAUACGCUGGUGGGCGAACGCGGAGCUCAGUUGUCCGGAGGCCAGAAGCAGCGAAUUGCCAUUGCACGGGCCCUGAUUCGCGAUCCGGAGAUACUGCUGCUGGACGAGGCCACCUUGGCCCUGGACACUGCCAGUGAGGCGAAGGUGCAGGCUGCCCUGGAGAAGGACAGCGCCGGACGCACGACCGUCAUUGUGGCCCAUCGGCUGUCGACGGUACGCCGGGCGGACCGCAUCGUCGUGAUCAAUAAGGGCGAGGUGGUGGAGAGCGGUACGCACAAGGACGAGGACGAGGAGGAGAUCAAGGUGCUGGAGGAGGACGAUGAGAAGGAGCUAGAGGCCGUCGCGAAGGACAAGAAGAUGAAGAAGAAGGUCAAGGACCCCAACGAGGUCAAGCCCAUGGCGGAGGUGAUGAAGAUGAACAAGCCGGAGUGGGCGCAGGUCACCGUCGGCUGCAUCUCUUCGGUGAUCAUGGGCUGUGCCAUGCCCAUCUUUGCCGUACUCUUCGGCAGCAUCAUGCAGGUGCUCUCAGUCAAGACCAACGACGACAUCGCUACCUUCAUGCAGAUCUACUUCUUUGGCAUCGCCGGAGAGCGGCUCACGGAGCGCCUGCGUGGCCUCAUGUUCGAGACGAUGCUGAAACAGGAAGUGGCCUGGUUCGAUGACAAGGCGAACGGCACAGGGAGUCUGUGCGCCCGCCUCUCCGGCGAUGCCGCCGCUGUCCAAGGCGCAACUGGCCAGAGAAUCGGCACGAUCACUGUUUCCACGCUAGCCCUCGGUAUCGGUCUGUCCAUGUACUACGAGUGGAGUCUGGGUCUGGUCGCCCUCGCCUUCACGCCCUUCAUCCUCAUCGCAUUUUACAUGCAACGCACGCUCAUGGCCGAAGAGAACAUGGGCACGGCCAAGACCAUGGAGAACUGCACCAAGCUGGCCGUCGAGGUAGUCUCCAACAUCCGCACCGUCGUCUCGAUGGGGCGCGAGGAGAUGUUCCACCAGACAUACAUCGGCAUGCUCAUCCCGUCCGUAAAUAAAGCGAAGAAAAACACCCACUUCCGCGGCCUGGUCUACGGCCUUGCUCGCUCCCUGAUGUUCUUUGCGUAUGCCGCCUGCAUGUACUACGGCACCUGGUGCGUGAUAAAUCGGGGCAUCGAAUUCGGAGAUGUCUUCAAAGUAUCCCAGGCUUUGAUCAUGGCAACGGCUUCGAUUGCCAACGCCCUGGCCUUUGCCCCCAACAUGCAAAAGGGAAUCUCAGCCGCUAAGACGAUCUUCACCUUCCUGCGGCGCCAGCCCAUGAUCGUGGACCGGCCGGGUGUGUCGCGCGAACCGUGGCACUGCAAUGUCACUUACGACAAGGUUGAGUUUAGCUAUUCCACGCGCAGAGAGAUCCAGGUGCUCAAGGGUCUGGAACUGGGAGUGAAAAAGGGCCAGAAGGUGGCCCUGGUGUGCGGCAAGUCCACCUGCAUCCAGCUGAUCCAGCGCUUCUAUGACGUGGACGAGGGUGCCGCCCUCAUCGAUGAGCACGAUGUUCGAGACGUCUCGAUGUCAAAUCUGCGCCAGCAGCUCGGCAUCGUGUCCCAGGAGCCGAUCCUCUCCGAACGCACCAUUCGGCAGAACAUUGCCUAUGGCGACAACGCGAGGUCUGUCACUGACCAGGAGAUCAUGUCAGCCUGCAUGAAGUCUAAUGGCAUCUCCGAGUUCAUCGCAAACCUGCCGCUGGGUUACGACACGAGAAUGGGUGAGAAGGGAGCCCAGCUGUCCGGCGGUCAGAAGCAGCGCAUUGCCAUCGCGCGCGCCCUCAUCCGGAACCCCAAGAUCAUGCUGCCGACAGUGAAAAGGUUGUCCAAGAUGCUCUGGAUGCCGCAUCCGAGGGUCGCACAACGAUCAGCAUAGCUCACAGACUGUCCACAGUCGUCCAUUCGGAUGUGAUCUUUGUGUUUGAGAACGGCGUAGUCUGCGAGACCGGCUCCCACAAAGAUAGCAUACGAUACCAUAGCAUAGAACUAGAUAUAGCUUAAGGAACUGCACUGCGAUCAAAGACCCCCUGUAGUAUCAUCCUGUACAAAUAAGUUCAUAGUCCUAAUAUUAUUUAUCUAUUUUGAAGUCUCCUCCCAUGAAUUUAUGAAUGAAUUUAAUUCAAAACCCAAUUAAAACAGAUCUACUUGUAGAUGGUAAAUAUUUGUUUUGUAUUUUAAGUUUACAUCGAUUAUUAAAUUUAAUUGCAUUUUACCCAGUGUCGAUUGGUUGUCCACUGGAAACCAACGACCAAAUGUAGCUUGAAGUAGGCGUGUCCGUGUCCGUAAAGCUUAUUCAGUCGCGUGGCCGUUUUCCGGCCGUAUUUGUGCUGUGCUCCUUACCGUACAACUAGAAUUUAGUUAGAGUAAACGUAAAAAUAAGCGAAAUCUUACAGGGAACACAGCACCGCACUGGCCACGCACUGAAAGGACAGCGCAGCUCCAGAUGGGGAGGAGAGCUCCAUCGAUCGGUUCCAUAAUAAACAAUAAAAACUUUAUGUAAUUGAUCGCUGGCUCCCAUUUCUGGAUGGGAUCGGAUGGGAUGGUCUUCGUUUUCUGGGUUCUGUCACUUCUUUUACAGUUUUGGGUAAACGCUAUGCCGGUUGUUCACGUGUGAUUGUGGUUUAUGAUUUGGAAAA